UAUGUGUUCUAAAUUAUACCAGUAUUUGGAUAAAACGUUGUUUUCCCACUAUUGCUGUCUGAAUGUCCAGUCUCUGACCGUGUUCUGUUUGCGUCCGAUCUCAGAAGGUGUUCUGGUGUUCUCUUUGGGUCCAAUCAAAGGAGGACCCAGACCAGAUCUUUACAGAAAAUCACAGAUUCAGUCCGGUUUCAUGACUUUGUGUGACGAUCCAAGACACAACAUAUUGCAUCAUGAGGGACGCUACGGAAGCCAGCAGUUCCAACAGCAACGAAUACCAUGACGAGUUCGACAACACAGACACCAAAGCCAUCUGGAAUAAAAACACUGUCUCCAGGUUCACUGCAGUUCCCCCUGCUGGUCAGUUUCGAUGGUAUUUGUGUUUGUUUGGUGUUUCAGUCUUUAUUUCUUUGAGCCUUAUCAUCGCCAUCUCUGUGACCAAAGUAAAUCUGGACGGGAAGUUGUCAGCUGUUGAAAAAGAAAUCAGCAACUUGACCCAAACUUUGAUGUCAAUCACUGCCAGAAUGAAUCGCCUAGACCAGCAUGGUGAGAACUUGCAGCAGAAUGUCAGGCAGUUGGGAGCGAACCUGGACACACUGCAUGAACAAUCUGAGGACAUGUCUUUUAAUGUAGAAAGAAUUGAGGAGUUUGCAUCUCAGCUGAAAUGUCUCUUCAACAAACUCAACAACGUCACCCAGGAUCAGUGCUGUCCGCUGCAGUGGUCACUGUUCUCUAACCACUGUUAUUAUUUCUCUGAUUAUGGGAUGUCGUGGCACAAAGCUCGAGAUCAGUGUGAGAAUAUGAAAGCAGAAUUACUGAUCCUGAAGAGCCGAGAGGAGAAGGACUUUGUGAUCCAGCAUACAAUGCCUCAUUAUUAUUGGCUGGGUCUGAGUGAUGAGAGAACAGGAGAGUGGGAGUGGCUUGAUGGAACUCCAUAUGUGAUUGACAGGCGUGAGUGGAUUCCUGGUCAGCCUGAUGAUUGGCGGCUUCAUGGCCUGGGGGGAGGAGAGGACUGCGCUCACUUCCAUAGGGAUGGGCGGUACAAUGAUGACCACUGCAGCCGAGGAUACAGAUUUGUCUGCAAAGCCCACACAAAGACCGUACACUAACACACACGCCUAUUCACCAAACACUAACACAAACAAACUCACCAUACAUUAACACCAAUCACACACAAUCACCACACACUUAACACACAUGGAAUGUUGGACCAGUGAACACUGACCCAGCUAUAGUGAUCUAACACUGGUCCAGAUAUAGUGAUCUAACACUGACCAAGCUAUAGUGAUCCAAUACUGAUCCAGGUAUAGUGAUGUAACACUGAUGCAGAUUAAGUGAUCUAACACUAACACAGAUAUAGUGAUCUAGCAUUGACCCAGAUAAAGUGAUUUAACACUGAAUUAGAUAUAGUGAUCUAACACUGAUCCAGGUAUAGUAAUCUAACACUGAUCCAGAUAUAGUGAUCUAACAAUGAUCUAGGUAUAGGGAUCUAACACUGAUCCAGGUAUAGUAAUCUAACAGUGAUCCACCUAUUUUGAUCUAACACUGUCUAACACAGUUAUAGUGAAGUAAAUCACUGAUCCAGUUAUAGUGAAGUAAAUCACUGAUCCAGUUAUAGUGAACUAAAUCACUGAUCCAGAUAUAGUGAUCUAGCAUUGUCCCAGAUAUAGUAACCUAACACUGAUCCAGGUAUAGUAAUCUAACAGUGAUCCACCAAUUUUGAUCCAACACUGGUCCAGUUAUAGUGAUCUGAAACACUGAUCCAGGUAUAGUGAUCUAAAACACUAAUCCAGAUAUAAUCCAGAUUCAAGUAUUGUGAUCCAACACUGACACAGCUAUAGUGAUCUAACACUGAUCCAAGUAUAGUGAUGGAACACUUAUGCAGCAGCUAUAGUGAUCUAACAUUGAUCCAGGUAUAGUGAUCUUAAUCUGAUUCAGCUAUAGUGAUGUAACAUUAAUCCAGGUAUAGUGAUCUUACACUGAUCCACCUAUAGUGAUCAAACACUAAUCCAGGUAUAGAGAUCUUACAAUGAUGCAGUUUUAAAGAUCUAACACUGACACAGAUAUAGUUUUCACCUGUAAACUAGUUAUAGCGAUCUAACACUGGUUCAGAUAUAGUAAUCUAUAACUGAUUCAGAUUUAUUGAUCUUACACUGACGUGGCUUGUGACAUCAUCCAGAUUUCCCCAAAAUCACACACACUCACAAUACAACAAACAAAUAAACACUUUACAC